CGGAAGCGGUAUUCGAUCCCUCGGUCUAGAACAAAAAAGCAAAAUUGAAAAAUAUCCGGAAAGAGCACUACUAUGACAGCUAGUGCGGACAAAGGACCUGUUUUGGGACAAAGACAUGUGCAAAUAAUUUUCUUGUAUACCUGCCAUGUGGUUAACUAUAUGACAAAGUUUAAUGCCGGAAUAUGUGUGGUUGCAAUGACGAACGCGGCAACGACUAAUCCAAAUUUUCCGGAAUAUAACUGGAGUCAAAUGGAAAAGUCCUACAUCCUUUCGAGCUUUUUUUGGGGCUUUGUUAUUACCCAAUUUCCCGCUGGAAAUAUUUGUCGUUAUUUCGGAGUGAAGAAGACUCUAUUCGUUUCCACAUUGGGGUCAUCUGUGGUGGGCCUGCUUGUGCCAUUCACCGUGGACUGGGGUGGAUGGCAGAUCUUUUGUGCCAUUCGAUUUGUGCAAGGCAUGUUCCAGGGCCUUGAGCUACCCGGUAUUCAUGCCCAUUUGGCGGUGUGGUGUCCGGUGGAGGAGAGAAAUCGUUUGGGAGCAAUGGCAAGUACUGGCAUUGAGACUGGCAUUGUAUUGGCCAUCUUUCUUAGCGGCAUGAUAGCUGCCUCCAGCAUGGGAUGGCCUGGCAUUUUCUAUGUUUCCUGCGGCAUGGGUGUGGUGUGGUGUAUCUUUUGGUUGAUAUAUGCUGCCAACACUCCUAACGAAUCGAAACGGAUAACUGAAAUUGAGCUCAAUUUCAUUCAAUCUUCCAUAAAUAAAAUGAAGAAAGAGCAGGAUUCCAAAGGAAGGGCAGAGAAAAUCCCAGUACCCUGGAGAGCAAUUCUUACUUCCAUGCCCGUGUGGGCUUUGCUAAUGGCUCGAAGUGCCGAAAUGUGGGGCUUUACCACAAUACAGACACAGGUGCCUUCGUACAUGAAAGGAGUCUUUGACAUGGACAUGCGAAAAAAUGCCAUUUUUUCAGCUUUGCCCUACAUUACGCUAUGGUGUAUGGCCUAUGUGUAUCUUGUAUUGGCAGAUACCUUGUUAAAUCGGAAACUACUUACCUUGAAUGGCUUGAGGAAGACGUAUAACACCAUAGCCUUUUGGAUACCAGCAGCGGGUCUCAUAGCUUUGGGAUUUGUGGACUCGCACCAGCAAACGUUGGCCGUUGUUUUGAUGAUCGUCAUAGUGGGCUUCAAUUCUGGCAACAUGAUAGGCAGUGGCUUGAACACCAUUGACUUGUCACCCAAUCAUGCCGGCGUCUUGAUGAGCCUGACCAAUGCUUCGGCCAGUAUAUGGCCCAUUGUGACGCCUCUUUUGGCGGGCGCUAUAGUUAAGGAAGAGAGUGAUCGCACACAUUGGCAAAUUGUCUUUGCCAUAUCAGCGACUGUCUUCUUUUUUGGCAAUUUGUUUUAUAUCAUUUUUGGAACAACAAAUUUGCAGGAGUGGGAUGAUCCGCAUUACCUUGUUGCAAAACAUCACUGCAAUGAGCAGCAUAAGAAUGGUGCAGCUGUUAAAGAAGUAACUGAAAAAUACAAACAAAUAUUUGUAGCUUAAUAUAAAUAAGAUCAAGUUUGAAAAAAUAUUUACAAAAAAAUACCUGUGAUAAAAAAUGGCAGAUAAAACACGUUAUUUUUGUAGAAAAAGAGAAUACUCCCAUAAAUGGUUUUAUAAAUAAAAAGAAAUUUGUAUU